AUGGAGAAUGAUAUGGAAGAGAAGUUUGAAGAUUGGAGAGGUAAAGAGGCAAUCCCUGGAGAACAUGGUGGGAUUAAAGCUGCUUCCAUUGCUUGUGUUGUGGAGAUGAUGGAGAAUAUGGUGUUCUUAGCAUAUUCAACCAACUUCUUCACAUACUUUACGAAAUCAAUGCAUUACUCAUCAGCCAAAGCAGCAAAUAUGGUGACCAAUUUCACAGGAACAUCGUUUUUGCUCACAAUAUUUGGUGGUUUUGUCACCGACUCUUUUCUCACUCGUUUCACCGCUUUCGUAUUCUUCUGUGAUGGUUUUCUUCCUAGUGGGGAAACCAAUUGGGUUUGGUUUGAGAUGGACCAAACUUGGGCUUAUGAUCCAUGA